AUGAGUUUUCACAGCACGAGUAAGAUGGAGCAGAGACUGGCACUUCUAGGAGAGGCAGAGACCGAGCAAGCCUACCCGGAAGAUUGCAGCAGCGAUCGCACAUUGUCGCCGCCUCUGUGCGACGAUAAGAAACUCGACGAUGAUGCGCAUCUACAUUCUAUCAGGAAGUGGCAGUACACAGGUAUUUAUGUCGGAUUAGCCUUUUUAUUCGUUGUAUUUGGUAUUGGCUCGAUUCUUGGUGAAAGGAUUUCUUUCGGCCCAUCGUCAGCCAAAUUCAUAAACAUGGGAGAAUGCGGCCGUACACCGCAAGAAGCCCGAGACAGUGGGUGCGUCUUUGAUCUCAUGAUGUCCGGUUGGGUACAUCCUCCUUGUUACGACCAAGAACUGUCCGACGAGUUUUUACUGGUCAACAAUUUCACCUUUUAUAGGGAAAAAGAGGGUAUCAAUAUCAUGACAGAAGCAGAGGCUCGUCUGGGCAACUACGAGGUCAUAUACAGUCAUGGGACCUUUCACUAUCAACAUUGUGCCUACAUUUGGGCGAAACAGAUACCACUGUUACAACCGGGUCGGGAGCCCGAACGUAACUCAGCUCCAGCUUGCAACUGGGACGAAGAUCAAGAGAUCGGCGUUCAGGCUUAG